UUUUAUCAUAUCAUAAGAUUAACUUUAUUCUUAAAUGAUAUAGAACUGUAAUUGGGUUAAUCCCUCCCCACCAAGUGGUAUCAAUGUCCAUGUCCCUGCUCCAAAAGCUGAACCCUUCAACUUGCACCAAACUGGUUCACUCAGCUAUCAGAAGCGGGUCCCCCUUACCGGGAAAACUCGUUCAUGCCCACAUCAUCAAGCUCUCAAUUCAACCAUCCCCCUUCUUGCUCAACAAUCUUCUUCUCUUGUACGCUAAGCUCGGUCACUUGCAUGCUGCCCAGAACGUGUUUGAUGAAAUGCCCCAACGAAACAUUGUUUCAUAUAACUCCUUGAUUUCUGGAUAUUCCCAAAUGGGAUUGUAUGAAAAGGCCUUGCACGCGUUUGGUGAGGCCAGAAGGGCUGGCGUUGGGGCUGAUGAGUUUACCUAUGCAGGGGUUUUGGGCGUUUGUGGUUACACUGUGGAUGUGCAGUUAGGGAAGGUGAUUCACGGUUUGGUUGUUGUGAGUGGAUUGAAGGGAAUGGUAUUCAUGAUCAAUUCUCUUAUUGGCAUGUACUCGAAAUGCGGCCGGAUUGAGCCGGCAAGGCGUUUGUUUGAGACUUGUGAUGAAUUGGAUGAUGUUUCUUGGAAUUCACUCAUUGCUGGUUAUGUUAGGUUAGGUAGUGAACAAGAGGUUUUCGAGCUUCUUGUGGGAAUGCAUCGGUCUGGCUUGAUGUUUAGUGCUUAUACUUUAGGAAGUGUACUUAAGGUGUGUUGUGCGAAGAGGAGUUUGAGCUGUUAUGGGAAAAUGCUUCAUGGAUACACGGUCAAGCUUGGUUUGGAUUUGGGUGUCAUUGUUGGAACUGCAUUGCUCGAUAUGUAUGCCAAGACUGAAUGUUUAAAGGAUGCAAUUCGGGUUUUCAAUUAUGUUCCCUACCAAAAUGAUGUCAUGUGUAAUGCCAUGAUUGCUAGACUCCUGCAAGCACAGACAAUCUCUAGUGAAUAUGCACAGGAAGCACUGUGUCUUUUCUGCAGGAUGCGAAGGCAAGGAUUGAAGUCCUCAAAAUUUACGUUCUCGAGCAUACUUAAGGCUUGUAUUGCUGUUGGAGAUUUUGAGGUUGGGAAGCAAAUUCAUGCUCAGAUUUGUAAGAACAAUCUUCAGUCCAAUGAAUUCAUUGGCAGUUCAUUAGUGGACUUGUACUCCUUUUUGGGUUCAGUGGAAGAUGGGCUAAGGUGCUUUAAUUCAACUCCUAAAUUAGAUGUUGUCUCAUGGACAUCCAUGAUUGCAGGUUAUGUUCAAAAUGGAAAGUUCGAAAAUGCAUUGUCUUUGUUCCAUCAAUUUUUGGCUUCUGGAAGGAAACCAGAUGAGUUCAUUAUAUCAAGUGUGAUGGGUGCUUGUGCAGAUAUGGCUGCAGCAAGACUUGGAGAGCAGAUCCAGGGUUAUGCAUUAAAAUAUGGUAUUGCAAGUUUUACCAUUAUUCAAAACUCACAGAUUUGCAUGUAUGCAAAGUCUGGAGACAUAGAUUCCGCUCAGCGGACCUUUCAAGAGACAGAGAAACCUGAUGUGGUAUCCUGGUCUGUAAUGAUUUGUAGCUACGCACAACAUGGUUUUGCUAAGGAAGCUCUAAGACUUUUUGAGUUGAUGACUGUUUCUGGAAUUGAACCCAACCAGAUCACAUUACUUGGGGUCCUAACUGCUUGUAGCCAUGGAGGUCUCAUUGAAGAAGGAUUAAGAUACUUUGAAAUCAUGAAGAAAGAUUAUGGCAUGGCAGCUAAUGUAAAGCACAGUGCUUGCAUUGUUGAUCUCUUAGGGCGUGCAGGAAGGCUAGAGGAUGCCCAAAGCUUUAUUUUUGAUUCAGUUUUUGAGGAUGACCCAGUUAUAUGGCGUGCCUUGCUAGGUGCUUGCAGGGUUCAUAAGGACACUGUCAUGGGAAAACGUGUUGCUGACAGAGUAAUAGAGCUUGAACCUCAUGCAGCUGCAUCUUAUGUGCUUCUUUACAACAUCUACAAUGAUGCGGGGAAAGAGAAGCCUGCUUUAGAGGUUAGGAAGCUCAUGCAAGACCGAGGAGUUAAAAAGGAACCUGGUAUAAGUUGGAUUGAGGUAGGAAAUAAGGUUCAUUCAUUUUUGGUGGAUGAUUGUUCUCAUCCAAUGAGUCAAUUGAUUUAUUCACGGUUGGAAGGAAUGUUGGCAAAAAUAAAGAACAUAAGCUUCGAGAAUGUGAAGCUUCCUUUGGGCAUCUCUGAAUCUGAAUUCAGCAGCACCAUAAGCAUGAACCACCAUAGUGAAAAGUUAGCUGUAACUUUUGGAAUUAUUUCUUUACCAAAAUCAGCACCAGUGAGGGUGAUGAAGAAUUUGAGAGUUUGCUCUGAUUGCCAUACAACAAUGAAGCUCAUCUCGAAGCUUCAAUCUUGAGAAAUUGAUGGGCCACCUUCUGAAUCUACUCCAUG